AGGUUCACUGUCGGUGUGACGUCAGGGCGUGGUCCUGUGGAUCAAAGGUUCAAACUGCUUUAAAAGGAGCAGACAGACAAUCGACCUUCACUCUUCAACUCGUCUGUGGAAUCGACUCUCGCUCUCUUUGACUCCGACAUGGCCAACAGCUCAGGCUCUAAAAUAACCAACGACAAGGAGCUGAGGAUGGUUAUGGUGGGGAAGACUGGAAUUGGGAAGAGCGCCACAGGAAACACCAUUCUGGGAGAAAAGCUCUUUAAAUCUAAGUUCAGCGCUAAGUCUAUGACUGUAGACUGUGCGAAGGGCAGAGCUGUGGUCGACGGACAGCCCCUCGCUGUCAUCGACACCCCGGGUCUGUUUGACACCAGGUUCGACGAGGAGCAGACCGCCAAAGAUUUGAGUCGGUGCAUCGCUUUCGCUUCUCCUGGUCCCCAUGUCUUCCUGGUGGUCGUCAGACUGGGCAGGUUCACCGAUGAGGAAAAGCAGACUGUGCAGAUGAUUCAGAAAAUCUUCGGCGAGGCCGCAGACAAAUACAGCAUGGUUCUCUUCACCGGCGGCGACCUUCUUGAAGGCACCACCAUCGAGGAGUUCUUAUCUGAUAGCGAAGACCUUCAAGAGCUCGUGAACAGAUGUAACGGCGAGUACCACGUCUUCAAUAACCAGCUGAGGGAUGAAUCUCAGGUUAGAACACUACUCCACAAAAUCAGAAACAUCGUGGAGAAGAACGGAGGAAGCCACUACACCAACGAGAUGUUCCAGGAGGCUGAGAGGGAGAUCGAGGAGGAGAAACGACGCAUCCUGAAAGAGAAAGAGGAGCAGAUACGCAAAGAGAGGGAGGAGAUAGAGAGGAAACUUCGAGAGCAACAUGAAAGUGAGAUGAAAGAAUUAAAUGAACGACACCAGGCUGAGAAAGAGAAGGACAGGGAGGAGAUGGAAAGACAGAAGAAUGAAUUAAAAGCAGCUCACGAUAAGAGAAUGAGAGAGGAAGCGGAAAGAUUACAGGCAGAGCACGCAAGGAAAGCCCGGUCUCAGGCCGAGAAUCAAAACCGACGCAAACGCUGCGUAAUCCUCUAAUAAGAAUCAUCUUCUGUUUGCUCGUGACCUCAGUGCAGCUCGUCCGUUUUUCAGAAUCUUUGAACCUUCUCUCAACUCAUGGCAUCACGUUGGUUUGUUCCUAUCACGACAGUACGGUUUUUUCUACAUGUGUGGGCCUCCUCACAUUGUCUUUACUUCAGGAUCAAAACUCAAAGAAUAAACAUUUAAAAUAA